GGUUACUGACAGGCUACAGUGCUGCUUUGUGGAUUGGCCUCAAUGACCUGGACAUCCAUGGAGGCUGGCAGUGGGCCGACUCCUCCCCGCUAAAAUAUCUCAACUGGGAGCCAGACCAGCCAAACCAUGCUGAGGAGGAGAACUGCGCUGUGAUCAGAACUGAGUCAUCGGGUCGUUGGCAAAACCGUGAUUGUUCUGUUGCUCUGCCAUAUGUCUGUAAGAAGAGGCCCAAUGCCACCUUGGACCCCUUCACUACUGACUCGUGGGCAGAUGAUGAGAAAUAUGAGUGUGAUGUGGGCUGGCAAGCCUUCCAGGCUGGCUGCUACAAGCUGACUUCAGAGAAGAUUGACUGGGAUACAGCACAGAAAACCUGUCAGAAGAUGGAGGCCAACCUGGUCAGCAUCCACACCCUACCUGAGCUAGAGUUCAUCUUGCGCAACCUGAAGAAAGAUGUUGACCAGCUAUGGAUAGGGCUCCAUGACACUGAUAUGCAAAUGGACUUCCAAUGGACUGACCACACACCCGUCAUCUUCACCUACUGGCACCCCUUUGAACCCAACAACUUCCGCAACACUCAAGAAGAUUGUGUCUCCAUCUGGGGAGCUGAGGGCCGCUGGGAUGACAGCCCUUGUAAUCUGACUCUGCCCUCCAUCUGUAAGAAACUGGGAACAAAGAGUGAUGGGAAGCCACAGCACCAAGACUGCAAACAAGGCUGGAAGUGGCACAGUCCAGCUUGUUACUGGGUGGGAGAAGAUCUGAUUACUUUUGAUGAGGCCAGGAAGUCCUGUGAGGACCAUGGUGCCGCCCUUGUGACCAUUACCAAUAGGUUUGAGCAGGCCUUUGCCAACAGCCUGGUGUUCGGUCGCUCUGGUGAUUUCUUCUGGAUCGGCCUCCAUGACAAGGGCAGCCCUGGUUCUUUUCACUGGCUCAGUGGGGAUGAAGUGUCCUACACCAACUGGAAUCGGGACCAGCCAGUCAACGUCCACGGCGGCUGUGUUUCCAUGGCGACAGGCUUUGCAACAGGUCUGUGGGAGGUGAGGGAGUGUGCAUCAUCGAAGGCAAAAUUCAUCUGCCGUCAGAACCAGGACACGAGCCCCGAGCCCCCGGUCCCUCAGCCCACCCCGAGCCUCAGCGGCUCCUGUCCCACCGGCUGGAAGACCAACAACAACCUGCGCUACUGUUACAAGGUAUUUCACUCCUCCCAGCUGGAGCAGAAGCUGAGCUGGCUGCAGGCUCACCUGUUCUGCCGGAGACACGGAGCCAACCUGCUGAGUAUCAGCGGCCCUGAGGAGGAGCACUUCGUUCUGCGGGUCCUCCAUGAGGCAUUUGGGGAGUCAGAGGACCAUGAGCAGCAUUGGUUUUGGAUUGGCCUGAACCGCAGAAACCCAAUGGACAAUGGCAGCUGGAAGUGGAGUGAUGGACUUGCUUUCACAUACCAGAACUUCGGCCGCUACUACUACAACAUCCGGCAGUGUGCUGCAGCAGACUUGGGCACUAUGACUUGGCUGGCCAUGCACUGUGACUCUGAGUUAGACUGGAUCUGCAAAAUCCCCAGAGGUAGUGUUGAAAAGGAACCAGAAGUCUCUGAAGGCACCAGUUCACCUGAGUGGAUUGGCUUCCAGGAGGCUGAGUAUAAAUUUUUUGACCACCGCACCACUUGGGACCAGGCCCAGAGGAUUUGCUCCUGGUUUGAUUCCUCACUUGUCUCCGUCCACUCAGCUGAGGAAGAAGCUUUUGUGGCCAACACUUUACGCAAGAUGGUGAAGGUGGAGGGUGACAACUGGUGGCUGGGGCUUCACACCUACGAAAAUGAUGGUCGUUUCCGCUGGUCUGACCACUCUGUGCUCAAUUAUGUGUCUUGGGCCCUCGGGAGGCCACACGCAAUCAGCCGUGAUCGCAAAUGUGUCUACAUGUCUUCCACCAAAGCGGACUGGGCCGAUCAAAAGUGCCACUCUGACCUGCCUUACAUCUGUAAGCGAGUAAAUGUCACAGGCACCAUUCCACCAACUCCGUCAUCCCCCCACCCACCUUCAGGCUGUCCUGACGGAUGGUCCUCCUAUCAGCAUAAGUGUUUCAGAGUAUUUGAUCAGUCAUAUCGAGUCACAUGGUCUGCAGCCAAGUUGAAAUGUGAAACACAGGGAGGUGUACUGGCAGUGGUGUCCAAUCAUUUGGAGGAAGCCUUUGUCACCACCCUGCUUUACAAUGCCAGUGUUGACCUUUGGGUGGGUCUGACUUCAGACUCUAAAGGUCAUUUCCAGUGGACCAAGGCUGGCCUGCUCAGCUACACCAACUGGGCUCCUGGCGAGCCACUCGACAACAGUGGACCACACCAUAACAAGACCCCGGGAAACUGUGUUGUCAUGAUUCACGGGAACCCACAGAAGAACACUGGCAUGUGGGCUUCCCGAGCCUGUGAGAUGGAAAAUAAUGGCUUUAUCUGUCAAAGGCAACAAG